AUACCAAACUCAUCUCACACCUUUUUCCUCGGUUCAAACCAUCCCAAACAUUCAUAAAUUUUCUACAUAGAAAAAGCGAUUAAUAUGGGAAAUAGCUUAAGGUGUUGUUUGGCUUGCGUUCUUCCUUGUGGAGCCCUAGAUUUAAUCCGAAUAGUGCAUUUGAAUGGCUGCGUAGAUGAGAUUACACACUCCAUCACAGCAGGAGAAGUUCUCAAAGCUAACCCUAACCAUGUUCUUAGCAAACCAAGCUCUCAAGGCGUUGUUCGCCGAAUUUUAAUUGUUUCGCCGGAGACCGAGCUCAAGAGAGGCAGCAUUUACUUCUUGAUCCCAACAACGUCUUUACCGGAGAAGAAACGAAGCGGAUCGGUUGUCAAUGACUCUAGUCUCAACAAGAAAACAUCAAAGAAAAGAAACUCUAAGUGCAAUGAUGAUGAAGCAACAUCACAAUUACAACAUAUGGAGAAGAAAUCGUCACGAAGGGAUCGCAAAAAAGGUCGUGUUGGUAUAUGGCAGCCUCAUCUAGCGAGUAUUUCAGAAGAUUAAAAUAAUCUUUUGAAUUUUCGACCAGUGUUAUGAUCAUAUCGUAAUAUGAUAGAUUGAUCAUGACACUGGCAGAAGAAGAGAGGAAGAAUCAUUAAUUAAAUUAAUGAUUCAAUUAUUGAGUUAUAGCAAAGGUUUUUUUUUAUUCCUAUUGUUUUAUAAAUACAUGUGAGUAUUUAUUUUGUGGAUAAAAUUAUUUUACCUUGCUUUGCGUAUACUUCUGUUGCGAUUUUUUGUGGGGUGAAUUACAUGGGUAAGUUAAAUUUUAUUAAAUCAUAUAAUAUUUAUUUGCUUUAUUUAAACGAAAGAGAAAAAAAGCAAGAAAGUGAAGAAUUAAUAAGUUUGGAUUUUCAUUUUCUUUUUGAAUUUGGUGACAGAUGAAUAAAGGAUUGAAAUAAAUGAGUGCUGAGCAUUGCUUUGUGUCCCACCACACUUUGGAUCCUCUACUUCAUUUUUCUCUCCUUCACUCUCCAUCCUCUCUAUCUCUCUCUUAAUUUUAUUCUCUCUCUUUAUUAUAUUUUGUUUUUUAAUGAUGAGUGAGAGUGAGAUUAAGAGAGAGAUAGAGAGGAUGGAGAGGAAAGGAGAGAAAAAUGAAGGAGAGGAUCCAAGUCCGUCCCACCAUUUGAAAUUAUUCAAAGUUUAGAUUUAUUUAGUUGUGCUUGGUUAUACGGUUAAAAAAUUAAAUUUUAAUAAU